CCCCCCCUCCCUCUCCAGUCCUCCUCUCGCUUCACCAACGAGGAAGCGCUCAGUCGCCGCUUCUUUUACGGCCGCGAGGAGCUCUUCUCUCUUAUUCUCUGCUCCACUCUUUCUCUCUCUCUCUCUCCGCUCACGUUUAUCCGGCACCGGCGGCUCCUCCGCGCGCAGAUGUGCAAAUUGUGACCGGAGCUCGCGGCGGGGAGACUGCGUGCUCGCGCCUCUGCGCCAUGGAAGACCGUUGUUCCCCGGAAAACGACAGGAUGGAAGCCUGGCUGGAUGACCACUUGGAGUUCACGCGCUCCUACUUUGUGCGGAAGGCGUCAAGGGAGAUGGUGAAUGCCUGGUUCGCUGAGCGAGUCCAUACCAUCCAGCCAUCAGUGUCCAAAGAAAACUCUUCCCAGCAACGGGCCUACCAGUCCUCAACAGAUCUCGGCCUCCCCUCUGCCUCCACCAUCCUGCCACCCACGCUCAGCCUCCUGGACAACCGCUGCCCAUCCCCAGCUUCAGUCCCCAGUCCAGCUCCUGGCACCCCUACUCGCAAAAUCUCAGCAUCAGAGUUCGACCGGCCACUCAGACCCAUAGUGGUUAAAGACUCAGAGGGAGCUCUGACAUUUCUUUGUGACACUGACCGUGAAACAGUCCCUUUUCGGGGCUCAGUAAUGGGUGAGGGUGGUAAUGGAGGUGGUACUGGCAGCAACAGGGACCGUUGUGCCAGACUACUGGAGCUGGUAAAGGAUGUGUCGAGUCAUCUGGAUGUGACGGCACUCUGUCAUAAGAUCUUCCUCCACAUCAACGAGCUGAUCGCUGCAGAUCGCUACUCACUGUUUCUGGUGGGCGAGGACAGCUCCAACCGGAAGUUCCUGGUGAGCCGGCUGUUCGACGUGGCUGAGGGAUCAACGCUGGAGGAAUCUUCCAGCAGCUGCAUCCGACUAGAGUGGAACAAAGGCAUCGUGGGACAUGUCGCUGCAACGGGACAGCCACUCAACAUCAAGGACGCAUACCAGGACCCCAGGUUCAACGCAGAGGUCGACUUGAUCACAGGUUACAAAACCCAGAGCAUCCUCUGUCUGCCCAUCAAGAACCACAAAGAUGAGGUCGUUGGAGUGGCUCAGGCUAUCAACAAGAAAUGUGGGGAAGAUGGUGCCUUCACUGAGCAAGAUGAAAAGGACUUCUCGGCUUAUUUGGCCUUCUCCGGCAUCGUUCUGCACAACGCUCAGCUGUACGAGACGUCGCUGCUGGAGAACAGACGCAAUCAGGUGCUGCUGGACCUGGCCAGCCUGAUCUUUGAGGAACAGCAGUGUCUGGAAGUCUUACUGCGGAAGAUCGCGGGAACCAUCCUGUCCUUCAUGCAGGCCCAGGCUUGCACCGUCUUCAUCGCAGACGAAGACUCAAUGAAUUCCUUCUCCGGUGUCUUCCACAUGGAAUACGAGGAGCUGGGAGAAGUCCUAGAUGGCCCCAAAAGGAGCUGUGAUGUCAGUCAGAUAAACUACAUGUAUGCUCAGUAUGUUAAAAACACCAUGCAGCCUCUCAACAUCACGGACGUCACCAAGGACCAACGCUUCCCUUGGACGAGUGAAAACCCAGACCACACCAGGAACCAGAUCAAGAGUCUGCUCUGCACUCCCAUCAAGGAGGCUAAGAAAGACAAAGUCAUAGGUGUAUGUCAGCUGGUGAACAAAAUGGAGGAGGCAUCUGGCAGCGUGAAGGCCUUCAACAGAAACGACGAACAAUUCCUGGAAGCGUUUGCAAUCUUCUGUGGCCUCGGCAUUCAGAACACACAGAUGUAUGAAACGGUGGAGCGAGCCAUGGCCAAGCAGGAAGUCACUCUGGAGGUCCUGUCGUAUCAUGCCUCGGCCACCGAGGAAGAGUCCCGGGAACUCCAGGUAACCGCGGUUGCCACGGUUCCAUCAGCACAGUCGCUGCGUCUUCAGGACUUCAGCUUCAGCGACUUUGAACUGUCGGACACCGAGACCACCCUCGCUACCAUCCGCAUGUUUGUUGACCUCAACCUGGUCCAGAACUUCCAGAUGAAGUACACAAGCUUAUGCCAGUGGAUUCUGAGCGUAAAGAAGAACUACAGGAAGAACGUGGCCUACCAUAACUGGAGACAUGCAUUUAACACAGCCCAGUGCAUGUUCGCACUCCUCAAGUCUGGACGCUUGCAGAAUAACAUGAGCGAUCUGGAGGUCUUGGCUCUGAUGAUUGCGACUCUCAGCCAUGACCUGGACCACCGAGGUGUCAACAACUCCUACAUACAGAGGAGUGACCACCCACUGGCCCAGCUCUACUGCCACUCCACCAUGGAGCAUCACCACUUCGACCAGUGCCUCAUGAUCCUCAACAGCCCUGGAAACCAGAUUCUGAGCGCUCUCUCUCUGGAGGAGUACAAGGCCACCCUAAAGAUGAUCGAGAGGGCCAUUCUGGCCACCGACCUCGCUCUCUACAUGAAGAGGCGAGAGGAGUUCUUUGAACUCACCAAGAACAACCAGUUUGUUUGGGUGGACGAACAUCACAGAGACUUACUGAGGUCAAUGCUGAUGACUGCAUGUGAUAUCUCAGCCAUCACCAAGCCCUGGCCGGUGCAGAAAAGGGUUGCAGAGCUGGUAGCCACAGAGUUCUUUGAACAGGGGGACAAAGAGAGGCAAGAACUGAAUAUUGAGCCCAUCGACCUGAUGAAUCGUGAGAAAAGAGAUAAGAUACCCAGCAUGCAGGUGUCCUUCAUUGAUGCCAUUUGCAUUCAGUUAUAUGAGACCUUGGCCGGCAUGUCGGAGUACUGCUCCCCACUGCUGGAAGGAUGUCAGAAAAACCGGCAGCAUUGGAAGGGUCUGGCUGAGGACUGUGAAAAGGGGCUGGUCAACGGCCUGGUGUGACUCCAUUGCUAACCCUAAGACCCAGGAUUUCCCAUUACACUUACAGCUAACAGAUAAUAUGCUGUGUGAUUUCCUGACCCUAAUAAGGGAAACUCAGUCUAGUCCAUUCUUCCUCUCUGUGGUGCUCACAUAGAAAGUUCAUCUCUCCAAUAUGAGACUGCAGUCAUGCUAACGGUCACACAAAGCUAAAUAUUUACAUAAACAUGCUAAUAGGUUUGCAGGCGUGAUGCUAACAAUCUGAUGUGUGGAGUACAAUAAUGAGGUGUUGUAUGCUGAUUCCCAUUUUCACCAUGUUUUUAGCAUGUUAGCAUGCUAACUUUGGCCAGCUAGCACUAAACUCAAACAACCAGCGAGGAACAAGCAACAAUCAUUUAAUUUUAACUCAAACCCCAGUAAAUAAAUGAACCUUUAAUUGUAAAUCAGUUACAUCAGAUUCAACUGCAGACUGACCUCACACUGCCAUAGCUUGGAACACAAUAACAGGCUAGCUGAGUUGUUAGCAGUCCGAGUAGCUUACAAAUGAAUUUAGCACAAAACAUCAGUAAAUGAGUGUUUGGUUGUUUAUUUCUUUCCUUAUAUAUAUAUAUAUAUAUAUAUAUAUAUAUAUAUAUAUAUAUAUAUACACAUAUAUUUCCCCCCAACUGUAUUGAAACAUAAGUGAUGCAGCAGUCCGGGUGAAUCCAACCUUUCUCUGCCAAUGAACAUCCAGUUUGCCAAGAAGAAUCGAUAUCUCUGCCUCAGAACAAACUUUUGUCAGUCUGAAUGGACCGCUGCUUCUAAAUCCAGUUUGGAAAGCUAACGUCAGUCUGAAACAGCUAUCUGUGCACCUUCCUUCCUUUUUUCACAUAAUGGUAUUACCCAUAACUGUACUCACAUGUGAUUGGCUGCAUGGUGUUCCCAUCAAAAUAAAGUCCCACCUCUUCUUUUCAGAUUUAUUACCUAGAAACCUUGUUAAUCCACCAAACACUCAUUUACUGACUUUUCUACAAACUUUUUUUUUUUUUAUGUAAGAAAAUAUCUAAAACUACAAGUGAACCUCAAACAUAAAAAUUAUCUUUUACAGUUAGCUUUAUAUAGCUAACAGGAAGUAGAGACCUGUCAUCAUUGCUUUCAGCUUGAUUUCUUUUAGGUUUUCAGUGUUUUCCUGUUGCCACCGUCACUUCUCAGAGAAAGUAAAACAUACUUGUAGUGGGUUUUAUUAGUGCAGAGCGGCUUUCAUGUCGGCACCGAUGGUUAGUUCAGAUCCUCGGAGGUCGCAGCAUCCAGAUCCUGCACGGUGUCACUAAUAGCUUCGUCUGUGUUCACAGCACAUCCUUCAUGGUUCAGGCUUUUAUACAUUUUUCACUUAUUGUCUUAACUGUUGCUUAUUUAUUUUGUUUUAUAUAUUUAUUAGAGUUUCUAUAUUGUAAAGGCAUCUUUUUGUCAAGAGCACAGGAUUCUUAGAGAAAAUGUACUUUCAUACUAAAAUGAUUCCCUCUGCUAAUUCUUGAGGACUCUUAGGUAGAACUCUUCCAGAUGAGACAUGAAGUGUGGUACAUCACUAUCCUGUUUGUUAUUUCUAAAAGUGUUCGAGCCAAAGACUAGACCUGCGCUUUCAGAGGGAAACGGUCUAGAUGUUUCCACUGCCUUCUUGUGAUCAGUAGGUCUAAUUCACCAUUAAAAAUAAAGUUUUA